CACACCCUGCAGCUGAGAAGUCACGUUGGCGCCCUGGAGCGUGCCCUGCGGAACAUUCACAACCACAGCUUAGAAGUAAGAACAUCCGGUUCAAGUCUUGUCUGUGACGGGACCCCACUCCCACCCUCCACCGGCAUGCCUCCUCUCACGCUGCUCGGGGAACUGAGGAGCGUCGGCUUCCCUGAAUGCCAGCUGCAAAGCAAAGUGCUGCCCCUUCCCAGCAUAAGCUUCUCUCCAAAGGGCCUGUCGGACACGUUCAGCCUCCUGAAAGCCAUUCAGGGUGUCAGACCUGAGGACUCAGCAGAGAGCUCUCCACUCUCCCCUUUGCCUUCCCAACCUUUGGAGAUUGGUUACCUGAAUGUGGCCUCUCCGGGAGAUACCACAGACUGCCACAAGAAGGAACAGGAGCAUUCCUCCUGCUCUGAUGAUGUCUAAGGCAGGGGUGUCAAACAUAUGACGUGCGGACUGGAACCGGCCUGUCCAGAGCUCUUAUCCGGCCCACAACCAACCGAUUACC